AUGGGGAGUUUGGGGAGGGCGCAGUUGAAUGCUCGCCAGCAGGCCUUGCCCCACAUGGAGUUCCAUAGCAGUUCAGGCCCAUUUGAGGAGCCUGCAGUUCAAAGCUGGACCCAGUUCAUAUACCUGCCACAUCACACGUUAAUCUUUACAGCAAAGCUGACCGAUGGGGGCUUGCUCACACAUCACAUCAUUGCAAACAUGUUCUGCAAGUACAGCACAUACAUGUUCCCAUGCAGCAUCACAGAGGCAACAGAAGGGAGCCAGCAUGAAAUGGAAGCGCCGGGAUGCGGCGGAAGAUGCGAGGCAGAUAUAAAAAGCGGGGCGGCCGCGGCUGGGCUCUUGGCUUACAGACACGGGCAGGAGAACCCGCAGCUGCCGGCCGGGCCAAGCGACCCCCGGGGCCCCCAGGAGAGACGCACUUGCCCGCUCAGUCGGCAGCCGCCCCCCCGGAGGGGAACCUGCGCGCAGCCCUCCUGGCUCUGCUUGGGGGGGACCCUCUCUGAGCCAUCGGGGGCGUCCUCUGGCAUCCCGCCUUGCCUCCCCCCCAAUCCUGGUCCCCUCCUCCGUUUGGACAUGUUGAACCUGAUGGAUUUCUCCCACCAGGACCCACUCAAAGCCGCAGAUGCCCAGAUCUCAGGAGCCGGGCAGGUGGGCCAAGUUUUGACCGAGCAGCCGAGGCAGGAAACCUCUGAUUUUCUUCCAGGUGACUUCAUGGGAGCUACCAUGAAUCCUGACAUUGGUGGCUACUACUCCUUUGCCGGGCAGCCCUCCCCGCCUCUCAGUUACACGGGCAGCUUCUUCAUCAAGACUGAGCAGUGCCCGAACCAAGAAUCCCUCUUCAACCUGAUGUCGGGGAUCCUUGGCCUUUCCCCGUUCCCCGAAGGCCCCCAGAGACAACAAACGGAUGCCGCCUACAGCGUCCCGAAGGCCCUUCAGAAUCAACAGGACCCUUAUUCCGCCUGCCAACCGGAGCUGAAUAUCUCAGUCCAGCCAUCUUUAGCGGAUCAAGACUAUCCCAACUUCUCCAGCCCUGACAGCAUCCAGCCGGUCCAAACGUCCCCUCACGUGGGCGAGGUGUCCCAGUGUCUGUUCAAUAACAAACUGUUGGACAGUAAGCAGGACAUCAAGCUCUCUCUCCUCUCUCCGUCUCUGGACAAAUUCAAAGCUCCCUGCUCCCAUUGGGAGCCUCUCCAUCCGCCUCAGAGUUAUUUGCCCACGGAGUACCCUUCUGCCGAGACUUUUCAUGGCCUAGAGACAGGUCAAGCGAUGCAGCUGGGCACCAAAACAGAAAACGCCCUCUCCAUCAGCUGCCAGGCAGAACUGGACAACCUAUCUGGGCAGGUGGGGUCUUUUGGACACGGACUAGAUUUUGGCUGCCAGUCGGAAACCUACCCCAGCCGCGGUCAACUCCCCGGUGACUUUGCAGAGACCAAGAUGCCCAACCUGCUCCCACAGCUCAUCCAGGAAUUUGAAUCUUCCUUAUCUCAGCCAGAGGUCCUAGCAAACUUGGGGAACCCCAACGAGCCAAGACUGCAGGCCGGUGAUUCCACAUCGCUGGUCUCCCUGACGGACUUUAGCCUCGCCCUUUCUGCCGUCCCCUUGGCCGGAGCUUUGGGGCCCGGCAACUUCGGCAUCCAAGCGGAGCUGAAGAAGAAACCGCGUCGAGGGAAAUGUCCCUCCAAACGCUGCUGCUCCAGGCCCCACGAGAAGGCCUUUACCUGCCCGUCGAGCAUCUGCAUCCGAGCUUAGCCGGCCCGACAGAAAGAACCGCAGCACUCUCCGCGAUUCACAUCGGGCCGGGCCACAAGCCCUUCCAGUGCCGCA